CAAAAUUCAAAGGAUCUAUAAACAAUUUUGGGAAAUAAAUUUAAUUUCAUUAAAUAAAAUGAUAUUUUAAAGCCCCUUUUUGUAAAAUAAAUUGUAAUAAUUUUUGAAGGCCCAAUCUGAUAUUUUUAAGAAUAACCCUUUAUCAUUCAAGACGUUGCAUUAGCAGAAGUAGCAAAUUCGAAGCUGGAAUAUACACGAAGGUUAACGUAGCAGCGAGGAGAGCUUUUCAGUUUAUAAUUUGUUGAAUUCAAUGGCUGAAGAAUCAGAGAAGAGAUUUCACGCCGUCAUGGAUAAGCUGUUCUUUUCCCCUCCUCCCAAUUCCAAACCCACAAGAACUCCCAGUUCGACUAGUGCAACUGCAGUUGGAUUUUUCAGAGGCAAGAAGCGCUCACACAUGAUGACUACACCUCUAGCUGUAGUUUAUUCAAAAUCCAUAGGAGGUACAAUCGAGGAGUUGAGAAAGACAUCUGGUGAGACAUUGCAAUCGCCCAUGUGCAGACCCUGGGACAGAGACGACUUACUGAAUAGGCUUGCUACAUUCAAGUCCAUGACAUGGUUUGCUAAACCUGAGGUAGUAAGUGCAAUAAACUGUGCAAGGAGAGGUUGGGUUAAUGUAGAUAUGGACAUUAUAGCCUGUGAAUCAUGUGGGGCCCGUCUCUUCUUUUCUACUCCAUCAUCAUGGGCACAACAACAAGUUGAGAAUGCAGCCUCGGUUUUCAGCUUAAAGCUGAAUAAUGGACAUAAAUUACUUUGCCCAUGGGUUGACAAUGCAUGUGAUGAGAAAUUAGCACAGUUUCCUCCUAGUUCAUCUGUAGAUUUGGUUGAUAACUACAAGAAACGAUGUGCAUCAUUAUUGCAACUUUUGGAGCUUCCUGUGAUCUCAUCAACAGCCAUUAAUUACAUGUGGAGCCCAUUGUUGGAAAACUUCCUUAAAAACUCUCCAACUCUAGAGAAUGUGUAUGGAUCUGAUAAUGCUUCAACAACAGGGGAAGAAGUUUUUCCUGUCUUGUACUAUCAGGCACAAAAGUUGAUCAGUUUAUGUGGUUGGGAGCCUCGGUUGCUACCUUACAUAGUUGAUUGCAAAGAUCUAAAAAAAGAUGAAUCCAUCAAAUCUGGACACAAACACAAUAACACACAGAAUUCAAUUUUAGUCUGCAGACUUUGUGGAGCUAAAGUUGGUUUAUGGGCUUUUCGUACAACUCCUCAGCCUCCAGAGUUUUUCAGACUUAUUGGACAAGAAUUAAACGAAGAUUCAAAUUCUGAAAAUAAGCAACCAAAUGUUGAACAACAACAACAAACAGUGAAUAGAAAUGUUUUGAAUUUGACAAUUGCAGGGGGCCCACCACCAGCGGAUCAGAAUUUUCGGCCCACAAUUUCUUUGCCUGUUGUUGGACAGAAUUUGAGGACUCGGUUUUCAUCUGCUUUUGAAUCUGCUGCUGACGUGUCUGUUACCAAAAGUUUGAAUAGUACAUCAAAAGAUAUUAUUAAUCAGGUUUCAGGGGAUGUUCAUAGUCAGCAAGAGGGAGGAAGUCUUGGAACCAAUGAUGAUGAUACUGAGAGGUUAUCUUAUUUAGGGAAGGAUUCAACUUCAAGUCAACCAAGUCCAGCAGCUACAACUACAAGUACAAAAGCAAUGGAGUUUGAUCCAAUAAAGCAGCAUAGACAUUUUUGCCCCUGGAUCACAUCCACUGGGAAGUCUGCACCUGGAUGGAAACAAACUCUUUCUGCUCUACAACGCCAGAAAGAGUUCCUCUCUCCUCCAUCACCCACACCCCAACAACCUUCAUCUUCACUCAUUCAGGUGUCAGAUCCUGUUGGUUCUGUUAAAAAGCUUCUCACACCCCCUUCAGCUAAAAGACACAAGUUCACACAUGGCUCCACCUAAACUCAGUUAUUUGUGAAGUAGCAUUAUUAUCUUGUUUUGCUUAAACCAUUUAUUUCUUCACUUUCAAUUUAAUCACAAAAUUUUUGGGCUUUCAUGUAAUCAAAAAAUUAGAACAAGAAUACACAUUUUGAUGUACAACUCAAAAAUUACGCCAUUAACCCGCAAUUAGUAACAAUUACUUUUGAAUAGGGUCUGUUAAACCCUCUCUCUGCCACCACCGCUCUUUUAUCUCCGAUCAACUUCGCCACCCUGAAAUAGGGAGAACUAGUGUUUUCCUGAACAGUUUUAACCUGACUCAUCUUCUCAACAACUUCCAUACCUUCUAGAACCUUCCCGACAACCAACGUUGAUGCGUCCAACUCCGGCGAAUCUUUUGUUGAUAUCAAAAACUCCGUCCCAUUUGGUUCUUUCCCGAUUUCUUCUUCAUCGAUCACCAGUUUACCAUUUCGAGCAACCAAUUUUUGCUUCGGAGGCGGCUUCAGUGGGUCCCGUACGAUAAUCCCAACUGUUCCGGCGACGUUUUUAGUUCCCGGACAUUUUCCGUUUUCUUUUUCUAAUUCGGAAACGAGAUUGUUGACUGCGAAACUUCUCCCGGUUUUUGCUGCGAGUUCAGCGUCGACGCCGUAGGAUCUAACGCCGCCGUGUUGGAUGUAGCUUGGUGUGAUUUUUAUGAACUCUUUUCUUCUGUAACUCACACCUGUCGUAGUGGAAUGAUUAGAUGUAAAUUGAAAAUAUGAAACUUGGAGGAGUGAAAGUGGAAAUUACCUGCUGCUCCACUGACGAAAUCGCUGAACCUAGUAGUUCCGGUGGGGACGGAGUUUCCGUACAGCCCAAUGACGACUCGUCCGACGGGUUUGCCGUCGAUUGAUAUGUCUAGGAAAGCGCGCUUGGUUGGAAGUUUGUCGGUGCAGCUGUCUACGGUGGUAGCGGCGGUGGUGGAGUCAUUGGUGUCUGGAACGUCUUUGGUGGUGACGCUACUAGUCUCGUCGGCGGUGAUGCUAGUUUCCGAUUGAUUCUCUUCGGUUACAUUGGUGGUGGCGCUAGUCUCAACAGGGUUUUCUUCAACGGGAGUGGCGGUGGCGCUAGUCUCAACUGGGUUUUCUUCGACGGGGCUGGCGGUGGUUGUAGUCUCGACUGAAUUGGCUUCGAUUGGAGUAGUGGUGGUGGUAGUGUCGAGUGGAUUGUCAUCGGCGGGAGUUGUGGCGGUGUUAGUCGUGUCAACUGGAUUGUCGUCUAGGGUUUGGGGAUUUUCGGGUGGGAAUAGGGUUUGUUCUUGUGCUCUUGCUGUGGGUUGAAAUUGGGAAGUGAGGAGUAGGAGGGAGGAGUUGGUGCAGAUUGCGAGGUGUCUACGCGACAGUUUGAUAACUGCAGGGGAAGUGUUGGUGGUUGCUGGUGGUGGUUGGUGAUGGUGGUGUUUAGAUGUUGAAUGCAGGAGGCUUGAGUUUUGCCAUAUCUUCUCCAUUAAUGGCUUUUUUUCCUCUGUUUGUGUGAGAGAAUAGAAUGAGAAAGAGAUAGGAUGUUAUGUGGACAACAAGAGAUAGUAAUCCCAUCCAUGAUGGGGUCAGAAAUGUCCAUUUA